UGUUGAAUUUUAUUAUUAAUUAGGUAGUAUAAUCUUAGACCGUGAUUUUAUAUAAAUCAAUUAAUCAGAUGACCGAAAUAACCAAAUAUAUUUUCCAAGUUACGAUAACGAGUUAUGUCCUAUUUGAAUGGUUUUAAAUUUAAACUUUUUGAACACUUCAUAAUGCACGGUCGAUACAAACCAGUUGUACGUCUGGAUCUAGCUGUGGGUUGUGUACCAAUGCGCUUGUUUCCAAUCAAUUUAAGUUUCUUGGAAGUUGGAUCAAGACCAGAAUAUUUACCAAAUGUCAUCAUAGCUGAAAGAAGACUAGCAUGUGUCUUUACAUUCUUAUUAAAUGAAUUGAGUAAUUGCUUUAAUUCCAGGUGUAAAUAUUUACUGAUAUGGAUUGGGGUUGCUUUAGAAUUGAACCAUACCACACAUUUUCAAUUUCUGAGCUUCCAGUGGCAAUUAUGUGUAAUGUUUUUCUGGUUUCUUCAUUAGUUGGUAAACAAAGCGUAAGAUCAACAUUUAAGCUUGAUGCAACAAAUAUCUGGUGUUUGCAAGGUUUACCAGUACAACCUUCUGGACAUGAACAAAUCCCUAAAUCCAGGUCUACAUGGGCGAUUAGCUGCAAUAUCUAACAACUUCAUUUCAUAAAAUGCAUCAAGAUCAUUAACGAUAAAAAAAAAUAACUGUACUGGAGAAUAUGCCUUUGUUCUGUCAAGUAUUGUAUCUUUUACAAUCUUAACUCCUGCUUCACAGAUGUUAUUUGUGUUUUGUCCACGUGUAAUCAAUGACUGUCUUAAGCAAAGUGCCCAUUCAUGACGUCGCUGAAAUAAACCUACUACAUAACUCUCAAACCUAGAAUAUUGUUUUGUCAAGUCAUCGUUCAUAAUUUCUUGGUAAAAUAUUUCUAAUUCUUCAAAAGUUUUUGAAUACAACAUUUUUUUAAUUUUGUUAUAAAGAAUUUGACGAUGCUGUAAUAUUAUUCCAUGAUGAGAGUCCCAUAAGUACCGCCAAGCUGCCUGUAAUUAGAGAAGAUGUUUAAAUUAAUAUUUUAGAAUUAAAGUUCUUAGAUCUUUGACUUUGAGAAUGGUCGAGGCGAAUGGUAUGCGUAAGAAAAAACUAAAAAUAAUCAUUGUUAUGUUAUAUUAUAUUUUAUAUCCCUACCUGUAAUACGUGAAAUAUGCACAAUAGCAGAGUUGAUUGAGGAAAAGCUUCACGUAGUGCAUUUCUCUCUGCAGCUGAAUCAUCAGACAUAAAAAUUUUCGGUCCAUUUAUUCCCCUUCCACCUAAUGCAUGUUGUGGGAGCAACUUUUUCCAUAAUUCCAAUCCUAAUGAAAUAAUCUUUGAUGAUUCACUGGUCAAUAUUAAUGUACAAAUUAAAAGUCCACCAGCACAACUAUUUGUAUAAAUUAGGAAAAUUUUGCACCCAUAUCGAUCAACAUUUCCAGAAGCAUCAAUAAAUAAUAUUUCUCCACUUUCAUGUACACCGGUACUUAUUCGUUUCAUGAGUGGACUUGCGAUAACAAUAGCAAAAUUUCCAUCCUCAAGGGUCUCCAUCAGAGCACAAGUAGAACUACAUUCAUCAUUAUAUUGAUUUACUGCAUUUCUCAGCGAUUCCAUCAUUGGUUCACCAUGUGAUGCACCAAAAUAUUGAUUAAAAGUCUUAUAAUAUAGAUUAUAAACCCAUUCUGGAUUUGGAAGUUCUCCACGGUCACCAGCAUAAACAUAAUAAUUAUUUCCUUUUUCAAUACGUAAUUGUGUUUUGAAAGAAAAUAGAGCUUUUGCCGGUGUUUUACCCUCUUCAAAGAAUUUUAAAAAUGUAGCUUUUACUUCUUCUGAUGGUUUUCUGUAUUUCAAAACAUCAGCUCUCAUAAUUUCAUGGUUAUGUAUGAAUUUAAAAUCAACAAUUGCUUUGGUAUUUUCAACUACCAUAUUUUCAUUAUCUUCUCCACUUUAAAAUAAAAAAAACCAUUAACCAUAAAUAUUUUAAAAUAUUGCACCCUUAGAACAAGCCCACCACAAAUUAAUAUUUAUCUAUGUUGCUCUAAUGUUACGACCUAUGAUAUAAUACAUAAAUUAAUAAUUUUGUUUUACUAACAGAUCAUAUACUUGUUCCAUUUCAUGUUCAACAAUUUGUAUGCAAAUAGUAGAUUUACAAUUAAAAUGUUUAGAACAGGGGGUUGCAGUUUUCUUUGGCCUUGUGUUAUGAUGACAACGAUACCUUUUCUAAAAAAGUUAUACAAAUAUUGUUAUGUAAUUAGCUUUAGAUUUUAUAAUUUAUAAAAUAUAAAAAUAAUGUAAAAUAAUAAAUAUUUCUAAACAACUAAGAGUUAGGUACCGUGUGACAUAGUAAUGAUGAAUUACCUUAAACAGAACACUUGGUAAUUCAGAUUUUCUUA